UUCGGCAUAACAAAACUGUGCUUGUUUGGUAUCAUGCAUUAGCAUAUUUCACAAUUAAAAAGAGUUCUCUAAAGAGAUGGGUUUGAACGACGCCGUAAAUUACGUGCUUUUCAACAAUCCAGUUUCAAGCGGCAUGUGGUCAAUAGCAUCUCACGGAGCAAAAGCGGUGGGUCUUAAACCUAAAGCCAUUGCUCAAACUGCAGCCACACAGUCAACUGCGGUUGUGCAACAGGCAUUGCCUCCGCUGUGGAAGCUGCUCGGCCAUAACCGACACAUCCUGAGACUGGCCGGAUUGAGCGGUGCUGCCGCCGUUAUGUUGGGAGCCUACGGUGCCCACUAUCAUUUCCCCGCCAACGACGAAGAAGGAGGACGUGACCAGAGGCAGGUAUUCGAAAUGACCAAUCGGUACCAUUUCAUACAUUCGUUGGCGCUUUUGGCAGCUCCUCUAGCACGUCGACCGUAUUUGACAUCGCUCCUGUUGACGUCGGGAAUGGCAUUGUUUUGUGGCUCGUGUUACUACAUCGCCUUCACCAACGACCGAACAGUGGGAAAAAUAACUCCUGUAGGAGGAUUUAUGUUGAUCUUUGGGUGGCUGUCUUUUAUUAUUUAAGCAUCUAGGAUUGGGAACAUAGCUACACAUUAAAAUAAUCAAAAGAUUGAAGCGUGAAAAUAAACAUUCAUUAUCUGUUCGUAGCGAGUGGGUAACAUUAGAAUAAAGUUUACAGCACUAUGAC